GUUAUGAACAUUACGAUUAUGAUAAGAAACACGAUUCUUAUAAACGCGACGCUGGAGGUUAUGAAUAUGGUCACAAUGGUGGCGAUAAGGGACACGGUUCUUAUAAACGCGACGCUGGAGGUUAUGAAUAUGAUUACGAUUAUGAUAAGAAGGGAGACGAUUAUUAUAAACGCGACGCUUCUUAUGGUCAUGGUGGACAUGGUGGACAUGGACAUUAA